UCCCGAAAAGAAACUACCAGCCGUCCGAGAGGAAAGACGAUCUGGUUGUUCGCGCUCGCCACCCGCCAUUCCACGCUUCGUCUUCUUCCUUCUCCGCGGAGGAAGGCGGUGGUACUCUGCUGGUUGCCUUCUUCCACGCGCCUAUAAUCUCUCUUUCUUCAUACGCUAGGGUGUCGCGAUUGGAUCGUCUUCUCGCUCCUUCAUUGAAUCGACGAAGGGUCCGGUCGUGGAUCGCGGCUGAAUUCGCCAUGGGCGACCCUGAGUCGAGCUCUAGGGCUCCUCCUCCCCAGGAAGGCGGCGAAUGCUCCGAUGCAGGUGGAAGAUACGGAGUUAACGGCGCCGCCGAGCAGUUUCCGGAGGCAGCGUCGCCGGACUCGUUGAAGAACACGCCGUCGAACAUCGCGAAGCUCGAGGAUAUUAUCGAGCAGAGCGAGGGGAGGCAGAAGUAUCUCGCUCGGACGAAGAGCCCGUCCGACGGUGAGGAUGUUCGGUGGUACUUCUGCAAGGUGCCUCUUGCCGAGAACGAACUUGCAGCUUCAGUACCUCAGACGGAAAUAGUAGGGAAAAGCGAAUAUUUUCGAUUCAGUAUGAGGGAUUCUCUUGCACUAGAGGCGUCCUUCUUGCAGCGAGAAGAAGAUUUGUUGGCUGCCUGGUGGAAAGAGUAUGCAGAAUGCAGUGAAGGCCCAGCUGGUUCUUUUGUUUCUUCCAGUAAAGGCUCGACUUCUCAAUCAAAACCUAGCCCAGGAGGUGUAGAGACAUCCAUAAUUUUGGCAGAAGAGGAAGAAAGAGUUGGAGUUCCUGUAAAGGGUGGACUUUAUGAGGUUGAUCUGGUAAAACGACAUUGCUUUCCGGUUUAUUGGAAUGGUGAAAAUCGCCGUGUCUUAAGAGGUCAUUGGUUUGCUCGUAAAGCAGGCCUGGAAUGGCUUCCCCUGCGUGAAAAUGUUGCUGAACAACUAGAGCUGGCAUACCGAUGCCAGGUAUGGCAUCGCAGGAGCUUUCAACCAUCAGGCUUGUUUGCUGCUCGUGUUGAUCUACAGGGCAGUACACAGGGUCUUCAUGCUCUCUUCACUGGUGAGGAUGAUACUUGGGAAGCAUGGUUGGCAUCUGAUGGCACUAGUUUUUCUAAUGUUAUUAGUCUAAAAGGUCAUGGUAUUAGACUAAGAAGAGGAUAUGCUUCAUCAGAAUCAUCAAGACCAAGCCAGGAUGAACUGCGCCAACAGAAGGAGGAGCUGAUGGAUGAUUAUUGUGCGCAGGUUCCUGUCGGGCAUUUAGUUUUCAUGGUUCAUGGAAUUGGUCAACGAUUGGAGAAAGCUAACUUGGUGGAUGAUGUUGCUACUUUUCGUCAUAUCACAGCUAGCCUUGCUGAGCGUCAUAUCUCUUCCUAUCAGCGUAGCACCCAAAGGGUUCUCUUUAUUCCUUGUCAGUGGAGAAGAGGCCUGAAGCUUGAUGGUGAAAGUGCAGUUGAAAAGAUUACCUUGGAUGGUGUUCGUGGCUUGCGUAUGACAUUAAGUGCAACAGUCCAUGAUGUCCUGUACUACAUGAGCCCCAUCUACUGUCAAGCCAUCAUAAACUCGGUAUCCAACCAGUUGAAUAAGUUAUAUACAAAAUUCAUCAAAAGGAAUCCAGGCUAUAGUGGGAAGGUUUCGAUUUAUGGUCACUCUCUGGGGAGUGUUCUGUCGUAUGAUAUUCUUUGUCAUCAAAAGGUCUUGUAUUCUCCAUUUCCUAUGGAUAAGAUCUGCAAGGAAUAUGGCUUAAGUGGUGAUGCUGUAUUGCAUACAACAAUCAGUUCUUCAGAGUCCAGUUCUGGAGCCUGUCCAAUUGAUCCUUUUGUUGCCAAAACUGAAGCACCAGAACAGGCGGUGAACUUGAAGGAGAGCAACUGUCCUAACUCGCACCUAGAACCAGAUCCUUCAGAAAUUUCUGAAACUCUAAAUUCAGUGGAAGAGCCUUAUGUGGUUCGACUGAAUGAAAUGUCAGCAUCAGAUGGAAAAGGCCUUCAGAUGAAUGAUGGCUUAGAGAGCAUAUGUGAACAGUCCAGGGUAUCAGACUCAGAACUGUACAGAGGAAGUGAAUCUCAUUGUGAAGUCAUGAAAGAUGAUGUUUUGCCAAGUGUGGAUGAUAAGGAUAAACUGAUCAAAUCGCUGGCUGAGGAGGUAAAUUUCCUCAAGGAAAAGAUAAAGGAUCUCACUUCACAGAAAAAUUGCUCGUCAGUUCCAGUUAUAAAUGCAGAAGUUAGUGGCAGAGCUGCAUCAGAAGUACCUUUGGCAAGGUGUGAUUCUUUAGAUCAAGAGAAUUCCCAGAGAAGUUACACUCCUCAAAUCAAAUAUACAAAGCUUGGCUUUGCGGUUGACACAUUUUUUGCUGUUGGCUCACCGCUUGGUGUAUUUCUUGCUCUCCGCAAUAUACGAAUCGGGAUUGGUGAAGGAAAGGACUAUUGGCAAGGCGAAGGAACAAGUGAAGAGAUGCCAGCUUGCAGGAGAAUGUUCAAUAUUUUCCAUCCCUUUGAUCCUGUUGCAUAUAGAAUAGAACCACUUAUAUGUAAAGAAUACAUCAACAAAAGACCUGUAAUUGUACCUUAUCACAAAGGUGGCAAGAGGUUGCACAUUGGGUUUCAGGAAUUUACUGAAGAUUUGGCUUCGCGUUCUCAGGCUGUUCUUCGCCGUAUUAAUUCAAUGAGAAUUGGUAUGGUGAAUUUGUUUCAAUAUAAAAGAAAAAUAGAAGAUUCCACAGAAAAUAUUGAAGAUGCAAAAGAAAGGACAUAUGGUUCUAAAAUGAUGGAGAGAUUGACUGGGAGCGAAGAAGGCCGAAUUGAUCACAUGCUACAGAAUUGCUUCUUAAUUGGUAUAGUAAGUAUACCAUCGAGGGAUCUGGACAUGGUUAAAACUGCCAACUGAUGUCAAACUCUAAUUGAGGUUGCUGGGUGUAAUGAAUGGCCAGAGCUCUUUCUGGGUGGCAGAUCUCAGUCGAUCUACUCAUAUUGUGGGGCUGGAUGCUUAUUUACCAGAAGUGUUCACUGUUCUGUCCACCAUAGGUGCCUUCAAAUUUGUUCAUUUGUCUGUCCACUAUAGGUGUCUUCUAAUUUGUUGAUUAUGACUACAGAAAACAUGAGUGCUAUUUCAGUUGUCUGUUGAUUGAGUGGUCAUAAUUAUUCACGAGUAUGGACCCACAGCCAGUCUUACUAGCUUUUCAAACCUAGGUUGCUAGCUUGACUACAUAUGAUCAGAUAGAUUAAACACUAUGAUGAAAGGGAUGAAUUCUACCUGUUCAUACAAGCCCAUUGACCACACCGCUCAAUCAAUUUCUUGCUGGUCCUUUGACAGACACUUGACCCAACCUCUGUCUAGCAAGUCCUUUUGUGCUGUGCGGCUCUGAAUUUCCCCAGCUCUGGGCCGAGCACCGGCACGACACCUUGCAACAACCAAAUGCAGAUUAAUCAUCCAGUGAAUGACCUUGUGCAUAUGCAACAUCAUGAAGUACAAGCUUCCUGUUUGGUGCCAUAUCAACAUUAGUCCAAACAAGGAAGGCAUAUGGUCUGUUAUGUUGCACAUGCAACACUCAGUGGCUUGUUCUCAAUUUGCAAGGACCCGUCAAGCUUAGGCCUGUUAAUUUUUUCAGCCACAUGGAUGAUUCGGCAGCCUAGAAUUGAAAAUUCUUGUCAGAAUUGACCUAAUAAAAUUAUAAAAGAAAGACAUGAAAAACCUUUCCGACCUCUUCUACAUAUGGGACGUCAUAAUACCUAAUCUGUCUAUUGAUUAAGAUCAGAUGCCCGUUCAUGUGAAUACCAAUCUGAGAUUGUUUCCAUUUGCUAGGAUUAUAACUAUAUCAAAACAAUGAUCCUCAACAUUCAUCUCUUAAUAUCCUAACUAGACAAUAUAUUGUCUCUUUUUCAUUUUCUACACCAUCUUAUUGUUUUGUUACAGUAAAUGUUCUAAACAAACUCUUUGGUUACGGGGUGAUUUUUUUAUAAUUUGAAUUGUUGCAAGUGUGGCAGUUCCCUUUGAGUAUAUUAAACAAAAUUAUGGUACGUUCUAAAGAAAGGUUUCUUUUUUAUUGUGCAAGUAAAAUUUAGACCUCAUUGGCAAGGACUUCUCCAUGAGUUUCGAUAUCUAUCAGUAUUCACAUUUUUGAUAAGUUCCCCGUUAAAUGGCAUGAUGAUUUUUUUUUUCCAUUGCCUAGGCUUAUCUUUAUUUAUCUUCUUCAACUUACUUUUCUA